AAGAAGAGAGUGCGUGCGCGAGAGCAAGCGCGAUUAAUUCAGCAGAUCCCUGUCAUCCUGGUGGUCGUCCCGUGUGUGUGUGUGUGUGCGUGCGCAUCAUGAUCCAUGCGUAACGAGCGAGGCAGGGCAAGGCAAGACAGGGCAAAGGCAAGGUGAAGCAGCAACGUCAAACGAGGCGACGUCGCCCGCCGAUCGCGGAAGGGGGAAAAUAUGGGGGAAACCGGUGCGUUACGCGCUCGUCUGGACACACACAUGAGUGUCAAUUCGCUGGCAGUCCAGCCACGGCGGUGUCCAGCGGCGUAGGUGGUGUCGAGCGGCGGCAGCGCGUGGAGCACGUUUACAGCAUUUUGUGCGCCGAGCAUGGACCUGACGAGGCAGCAGCAGCAGCAGCAGCGAUCGCUGGCAAGCGCGUGCCGCGGUCCGCUGCUGUUUCCACGCAGACCGUGGACGAGCGAGACCGGCGUCGCCGCCGCCGUCGCCGCCUCCGGCAACCUGGGCCUCAAAGGGGUCAUAGCCGGUGGCAUUACCGGAGGCAUAGAAAUUUGCAUCACGUAUCCCACUGAAUAUGUGAAAACGCAGCUGCAGCUGGACGGAAAAGCCGGCGCCGGCAAAGAGUACACGGGAAUAGCCGACUGCGUCACCAAGACCGUCAAGACCCGCGGAUUCUUCGGCCUGUAUCGAGGCCUGUCUGUUCUACUUUACGGCUCCAUACCGAAGUCGGCGGUGCGAUUUGGCGCCUUCGAGUCGGUGAAGAACCGAUUGGUGGACGCGGAUGGCAAGCUCAAUCCGCAAAGGCGACUCCUCGCCGGCCUCUGCGCCGGGGUAUGCGAGGCCAUCUUCGCGGUCACCCCGAUGGAAACCGUCAAGGUGAAAUUCAUCAACGAUCAGCGUUCGGCGAAUCCGAGAUUUAAAGGAUUUUUCCACGGUGUACGCAUGAUUGUGAGGGAACACGGCUUUAAAGGAGUAUAUCAGGGAGUAAUGCCCACAAUCUUGAAGCAAGGAUCUAACCAAGCCAUCCGUUUCUUCGUGAUGGAAACGUUAAAAGACUGGUACAAAGGAGGUGACAAUACCAAAAAUGUUCCUAAAGUGGUCGUCGGUGCGUUCGGCGCGGUUGCUGGCGCAGCAUCAGUUUUCGGGAACACGCCUGUCGACGUCAUAAAAACUAGGAUGCAGGGAUUGGAAGCUGCGAAGUACAAGAGCAGUAUGGACUGCGUGGUUCAAGUGUGGAAGAAAGAGGGUCCAAUGGCAUUUUACAAGGGAACCAUUCCGCGAUUGGGCAGAGUGUGCUUAGACGUUGCCAUUACGUUCAUGAUUUAUGAUUCCUUCAUGGAACUUUUCAACAAAGUAUGGCCCUAGGUCUGUCGCAUUUUGUACAUACACGAUACACUUUCUCAGAUUUUACAAAUAUUGCUUUCAUCGUUGACGUACUUUUUACAAGCGUAUUUGUACAAUGUAUUUUUUUUAGAAUUUAUUUAUAUUCUAAUUUAAGAUGUAUGCGAUAAGAGAACCCAUAUCCAAUGAUGAUGUCUGUGGCAGCUAUAUAUAUAUUAAUAUAUUUGAUAUAUAAUAUAUAUAUCAAAGAUCACGAGCAAAUGUGUCGCGAACGCAUCUUUUUGACAAUGAUUGAUUUUACGUUUACGAGAAAAAGAUUUGGGUGUUCAUUUUGCAUGGCACAGCUGUGUGACGCAACUACCUCCGAUUUCAAUUGCAUUUACACAAUGUGCGAUGCACAAAAAUCAUAUUAACUUUGUCGAAAACCCGUUGAAUUUUUGUCGUGAAUUACCUCGAUUUAGCGUUAUAGAGUACACAACAUUCUGCAACGACGUUACAUUCCUGCAAUCUCAGUCCAAGAUAUAAAUACGAGAGUGUCGUUUUUACGACGUGUAAGGAAGUAGUACGUGUACGAUAGAUAUAUAGCGUAUACAUAUACCAAUACAUAGACACAUGUAUUUAUAUAUACAUAAUAUAUUUGUGUACAAUUUUGUACAGAAAGUUAUAGCGCAGGUUUAUAGAACGAGGAAAGCUUUCCAACGAUUUUAAUUUCGAAUCACUUCUCGCGUCCGAGAACUACAUUAGAGUGUUGCAGAGAUAAGUAUAGAAGAAUGUAUGUUAAUAAAAAAAAAUGUUUAAGGUAA